GAACAAUUCGAAAGCGUGAUCCCGGGAUUUGGGCACCUCCCAGACAAGAUGGCGGCGGGCGAGGGCAUUCUGAUCGGAGACAAGGUUUAUUCGGCUGUCUUCCUGACUAUCGACAACUCCCUCAUCCCCGAGGAGAAGCUCUCACCCACACCAUCCAUGCAGGAUGGCCUGGACCUGGAGGUGGAGACCGACCUGCGGAUCCUGGGCUGUGAACUGAUCCAGUCGGCCGGGAUCCUGCUGCGUUUACCGCAGGUGGCCAUGGCGACAGCUCAGGUUCUCUUUCAGCGGUUCUUCUUCUCCAAGUCCUUCGUCAAACACAGUUUCGAGAUUGUUGCAAUGGCUUGUAUCAAUCUUGCAUCCAAAAUAGAGGAAGCACCUCGUCGUGUGAGAGAUGUGAUAAAUGUAUUUCAUCAUUUGCGCCAGCUAAGAGGCAAAAGGACUCCAACACCACUGAUACUUGAUCAAAACUACAUUAACACCAAAAAUCAAGUGAUCAAAGCAGAAAGACGAGUGUUAAAGGAAUUGGGAUUUUGCGUUCAUGUAAAGCAUCCACACAAGAUAAUAUUUAUGUAUCUUCAAGUGCUUGAGUGUGAAAGGAAUCAAACACUUGUCCAAACUGCCUGGGUAGUCCAUGAUGGUAAGUCAUAGAACUCAAAGAACUCUGCCCUCUGAACUGCUUCUCAACUUCAUGACCUAAGGAUGGCCUUUGAUUGGCUACCCCUUCAGCCAAUCCAGUGCAAGCUCUCAUCCGAGACAGCUAUUCACUGAAGUGGUCACAAAACAUCUGGCAACAUCAUCUAGUUCUGGCGGGGUUUUGAAGGAUUUGUAUUGACUUCUGGAUAUUCAUCACGUACUUUCAGUAAUUUAGAUUAUAUAUCGAAUGUUUCUAGUCAACUAAGUUUUAGAAUGUGAAAUUUUAAAGCAUGUUGAAGAGAAGGACCUAAAUCACGUUAAUUGCUACAGCACACUCUAAAUAUUUAACUGGUACAGAUGGAUUUUGCAGCAUGCUCAUUAUUCCCAGUUUUAAAAUGUUUUAGGGACUGCAAUCUAAACUUGAUUAGACCUUCCAACCAAGAAUUCUGUGGAUGUUUCCUGAAUGAAUGUAAAUUUAGCUCACUGCCUGAGCUUGGUCUGGGUGGAAGGGAAGCAGAUGUGGCUGUAGGAAUCUGACAAGUGAAAUUUCUAAUGCAAUUGCUCCUAAUGUUUUUUAUUAAUCUAUCUCCUUUUAAUUAUUUGGUGUAGUUAGUUUGUAGAUUGCUGAGUUAUUUCUUCACCUGUUCCCUAUAUACUAACUGCAAAUUCUUAGCCCAACAAAUGGGAGGUGCCAUUGAAGCUAUUUGCAGUCAACACAAGAUACUGAAUUUCAAAGGGAAUAGCCAAUUAUUCUGAGACAACAUAUUGCAUGUGCUAUACAGUUGGCCUUAUCAACAACGUAAAUGGAACACAAGCCAUUUGUUUGCUGUGCCUGCUUGAUGUUGAACUCUGGUGCAUUAAAACUGUUCCAGCUUAUCUCGGAGAGAUCAUUGCUUACUGAAUAUUGUGCAAUUUGAUGACUGGGAACCCAGCUGCGAUGUUUUAAAAUUGUGUUCAGUCUACAUCAAAUUACACUGGAAGGAUAAAGAACAUGAAAACAGUGUGACCGAAAGAUGAUAUUAAUCAAUUUACACAGUGUUGAUAUGAAUAGUAUUCUUUAACAGCGUACGCAAGUAAAAUUGAAUAUGUGAGAUGCCAGUUGCAUGGAUCACAUACACCAAUUACAGAUGGAUUGUAUCAAGCAGCACACCUCUUCACUGUCCAUACCCCUCCAUCCUGUGCUUACAAAACUGACCACAGUGUCCAACUUCUGAUGUGAUUAUGCACUUGAACAGUGCUAAUCCGAAGGGCAAUUCUUGCCACACUGUCGACCAAUUACAUAUUCAGUUCCACAAACAAUGUGGCUUAUGUAUAAUUGCUUGAAGUUACAUGUAUUCGUGGAGGGCUUAACCAUCUGCAUAUGAAAUAAGUGGUGUUUACAAUUCCCUGGUGCAGUCUCCAGAGCAGUACCUUGACCAAUAAGCUUUGCCAACCACUUAAACCUGUUUUGACAGUAUCAUAGAAUCCCUGAAGACUGGAACAACGCCAUUUAGCCUCGAGUCUGCACCAGUCCUGUGAAUAGCACUCCCCCCUACCAUAGCCCCACACUCACCCCGUCUAACCCUCCUAAUCUGCACUACUUUCGACUGUGAGGAAACUAGACUUCACUGCAAGAACCCACACGUGUGGAGAACUUGCAGACGCCAUUCAGGCGGUUACCCAAGGCUGAAAUUGAACCCAAGUUCCUGGUGCUGAUAGGCAGCAGUGCUAAUCACUAAGGCACUGUGCCACCGUUAAAUUGUUAUUCUAUUUGGCAUUUCAUCUGUCCUGAUGCAUACAAAAUGAAAGGUGUCAUGAUCAUGACAUUUUCUUGCAAUGAUUGCAUUCUACACAACCAAGCAACUAAUUUUUUCUCCCUUCUGAUCACAUAUAAUUCGGCAAGAAUUAGAGUUGGAUGUCGUCUGCAAAGUGCAGGCUUAUCAACAGCAUUCUGUCAAUCUCAACAGACUUUUUGUGUCUGCUGCUACUCUUUCUGCCCUAAACAGUUCAGGUAACAGACUGUGAUUUGACCUUUUCCUUUGUAUGGUUGCUCCCAAUUGAUUGAAGGUGUACCCACAAUCAAUAGAGUGUUUCUUGAGAUUGAAUGUUGCUAUUAUGGUCAUUGUAAACAAUGUGUAUUAUUAGUGUUUAAAAAAUUUAAAUCUAAUGUUAGUGUGAUAAUCUCAAUCUGUAAUUCAAACUAAUCACGACCAAGUCAACUUCUCUUGGCAAAAUGCAUGCUGCGAGUUUACAUUGCACCUACGAGGCAAACAAUACGUGGUCAGAUUGUGGGUAUGAUCACUGAUUAACAUGAGCAUUGAGAUAGUGAGUAGCAGGUGAAUUGAAAGUUUUAAAAGUAAACCCACUCUUAGACAAGGAUGCGAUGGCCUUGUGGUAUUAUCGCUGGACUGUUAAUCCAGAGACCCAGAUAAUGUUCUGGGGACCUGGCUUUGAAUCCUGCCAUGGCAGAUGGUGGAAUUUGAAUUCAGUAAAUGUCUGGAAUUAAGGGUCUAAUGAUGACACUGAAUCUAUUUGUCGAUUGUUAGAAAAAACUAAUGUCCUUUUAGGAAAAGAAACUGCCAUCCUUACCUUGUCUGGCCUACAUGUGACUCCAGACCCAAAGUAAUGUGGCUGACUCUUAACUGACCCCUGGUCAAUUAGGGAUGGGUGGUAAAUGCUGCCUGGCCAGCGAUGUCCUCAUCCUGUAAGUGUCUUUUUUUUUAAAUCAAUGUGAACUUUCAGAAACGGGUUUUGCAGUAUAGGACGGAGUGCCCCAAAAUGUGUAGAUUUAGACGUGCCAAGGUGUGAAGACAGUGAAACUAAGCAUUCUGUAUGUGUUGUAAUAUCAGAUCAAAGCAGUUAUCCUCAGCUUUGAAAAUUUUUUGAACAGAUCCUUUUGCUUCUGUAGCUCUAAUAGAUCAAGCAUCUUUACCUAUUCUACUCUUUUUUUUGUACACUCUUAAGUAAUUGCAAUGACGGCGGCUUAUGACCUGGUUUGUUAUUUAAAACUGGUCACUUUACAAGUAUAGUUAUCCAUAGAGCUUCUAUUGAAUACUUGUGAAAGAUCUGCUAAAUGACUCUCAGUAGCAUUUUUAUCUUAUCUCCAAAAACAUGCUGUUGGAUAUAGGAGAGGCCUUCCAAACCCUGUAGUUAUUUCUGGAUUGAUGUAAUAUCCACACUUUUAUAAGGCAUGAUUUGCUGAAAAGUGGCAGCACUGAGGCCGGUGGACAUUUUUUGAUACGUGAAUUUGUGCAGUGCAUCAUAAACAUAAUUACAAUGGAGCUUUGCAAUUAUUUAUCUUUCUAGUAAGGGAUUAGAGUAGGAGUACUGCACAUCAUUUUGUGUUGGAGAGGCUCUGCAUUUAAUGAAUUGCUUCUGACAGGCCCACACUGAGGAUUGACUGUAAUUAUGUUUGUACUUUGCAUGGUGCCCUGUUGUCUCUCAUGAUGCAUUUUUCUACUGAAGAAACUUGAGAAAAACGUGAGUUAAUCUUGAUGUCCCAUUACGCAUCUCCAAUAAAUAUUGAAUGUAGUGCUGAUUAAGUUGGUCCCUUUAAUGUAAGGUCAUUUUGUAGUUGUAAUUCAUUGUCCCAUUGGGAAGUCAUGGAGUGUGAGCGCACAUUAUUUUUUUUUUCAUUUUUAUUACUCAGUUUCUAGAGCUGCAUGUAUUCUUCCUGGGAUUCACCUUAAUUUGGAUGCUGCUUUUCCUUGAUAGCUGCCAGAGAAUGUCAGCCGACUACUUUGGAACAUCUCACAGUUUUUAUUCAAGUUGUAUUUACAGAAUCAAAAUGUGGCUUUAUAAUGGUCUGUAUUGUAUGUUCCAUGUUUCACAUGAUGCCUUUAGUAUUCUUUUUUAGUUUUAUUUUGUAUUCUAAGUAUCAAAUAUUUAAUAUUUAGAUAUCCUCAGCACAGACUUCUAAUAUAUCCGAGGGCAUAUUGUUUCACCUAAGAAAAAAGAAACCAUGUCAUGAGUCUCCUUUCUUCUGUAAACUUGAAGUUGAUUAAUUUCUAAUAAAUCUUAUCUCUAAUGU